ACUGUUAAAGCGUAUGUAUCUGGUACUCCUAGAUACUUAGCUAACUUCUCACUUGACAUUAACCUAUGUCCCCUUGCUAUGUGAUAUAUCGUUUAGUGUGAUAUUAAAAAAUAUACUUCCUUGGCUGACUUCCUUGUCAAUCAUUAAAAUCGUUGCGUUCCAUCCAGAUGCUUCACGAGCGGUAGAGCCGACUCGCAGCAAGUAACACACUGUACAACCAAGAGGAGACACGAUUUUCUGGAAAAUUAACGUGUUACCUACCUUUAUGUUUCUACGACCUUCAAAAGACAAUUACGUAGCUACAUUUAUAAUCCUCAGGUAGGAAGUGAGCGGGAGGACGUCACAGAGGAGGGAUGCCUGUAGAGAGUGGAAGCAGUGCCGCCGCCCGUCACACCAAGCAGAAGCGCAAGUCCCACAGCCUGUCCAUUCGGCGCAGCAACAGCACCGAGCAGGAUCAGCGCACAGGGACCGGCAUGCAGAGAGACAUGCUGGACGGACAGGACUCAAAAUUGCCCCUGUCAAUGCGGAGCACACUACUUGACCUGUUCGGCCAGAUAGAGCGGGAGUUUGAGAGUCUCUACAUUGAAAACUUAGAAUUGCGCCGAGAAAUCGAUACUCUCAACGAGCGCCUAGUAUCCGAAGGACAAACCAUAGAGGGAGGAGAGUUAAGCAAGGGGGCGUUGAAAGCUAAAGCCAGUCACAGCACCAGUCAGCUAUCUCAGAAACUGAAGACCACAUACAAAGCGUCCACAAGCAAGAUAGUAUCCAGUUUCAAAGCCACCACGUCCAGAGCUGUGUGUCAGAUCCUGAAGGAGUACGUGGGCCAUCGGGAUGGCAUCUGGGACCUGGCGAUCACGCGCAACUCGCCUGUGGUGUUGGGGACGGCAUCGGCAGACCAUUCUGCCGCUUUGUGGAGUAUAGAGACGGGGAAAUGUCUGCUUCGGUACGCUGGUCAUGCUGGAUCAGUCAACUCCAUCAAGUUCCAUCCUACAGAACAGAUGGCUCUUACAGCGUCUGGGGACCAGACGGCUCACAUCUGGCGCUACAUGGUGCAACUGCCCGUCAUCCCUCCCGUAGCAGACAUCAGCGCCCAGUGCGAUGACGAGCUGGACUUCUCGGACAAGGAGGAGGCGGAGGGAGACGCGGAGGCUCAGUGCUCCGAGGUGCCCACCAUCCGCGUGGCCACCACCACGCUGAAGAGCCACCAGGGCGUGGUGAUCGCCGCGGACUGGCUGGUGGGAGGCAAGCAGGUGGUCACGGCGUCCUGGGACCGGGCCGCCAACCUGUACGAGGUGGAGACCUCCGAGCUGGUCCACACGCUGACAGGCCAUGACCAGGAGCUGACCCACUGCUGCACCCACCCUAGCCAGCGUCUGGUGGUCACCUCGUCCAGGGACACCACCUUCCGGCUGUGGGACUUCAGAGACCCCUCCAUCCACUCAGUCAACGUGUUCCAGGGACACACAGACACGGUGACGUCGGCGGUGUUCACCGUGGGAGACAACGUGGUGUCUGGGAGUGAUGAUCGCACUGUCAAGGUGUGGGACCUGAAAAACAUGAGGUCACCCAUAGCAACCAUCCGCACAGACUCCGCUGUUAACAGGAUAAGUGUCUCGGCCAACCAAAGAAUCAUUGCUCUCCCACACGACAACCGGCAAGUCAGGCUGUUUGACAUGACUGGGGUGAGACUGGCACGACUGCCGCGCAGCAACAGACAGGGUCAUCGGCGCAUGGUGUGCUGCUCUGUGUGGAACGAGGAGAACGCGUCGUGCAACCUGUUCACCUGUGGCUUCGACCGGCAAGCCAUCGGAUGGAACAUCAACAUCCCCGUGUUGCUACAGGAGAAGUGACACGCCACACGUGUACCAGUGCCCACAGGACACCGUGUUUCAUGUACAUGAUCUCCUCCGAUUUACAGCAUUUCCACUCGGGUACAGUGUCAGUGACACGUUUGGACACACCCAACCACUUGAAAGGAUACGUGUGUCCGAACUUUUGACUGGUACUGUACGUCGUCUUCAUUUAGCAUGGACUGUGAGUGCGUUUGUGCGUUUGAAGAAAAGGAUGACGUCUUGUUUUAAGGCCAUCUAUAUACGUGUAAAAUAUCUUUGACUUCAAAAAACACGCUGCUUCUAUAAGCUUGCUUUAGUUCUGAUAGAAUAGUAAUGGAUGCAAAGCGAGACCUGACCUAGUCCAUUGUGCACAUACAAACCUCUCUUAAUGUAUGUGAUUGUGAAGUGUCUGAAGAACGAUGGAUGAUUUCCUCUGUACAAUACAUAUGGUUUGGUGGCCUGUUGUAACCCAUACAGAUUCCCUACACAGUGAGCGGGUAGUGUUGGCUGUUUUCACUCUCUGGCCUAAUAGCUUUGGCCUAUGAGUUCACUACUGUAAAAGCUACACCUAUAACACUAAAUCACAUUUUACCUCAGAUUCUUUCACAUUUUACACAUUGUACAUUGUUCAAAUAUUAUAAUUAUAUAUAUAUAUAUAUUUGUUUGCCUUAUUCCUGUUAGAUACUUCUUGCUCUUUCUUUCUGUGUUGCACUCUCAAUAGGACCAUAAUAUGGGUGUACGGUAGUUCCGACAAGAAGCCUGCCAUAAUGUUUUUUCUUUCUUUCAAACCAAAUGCCCUCGUGCUUACAGCUGCAAUAGGACAAUACCUAUCAUAUUCCAUAAGUCUUUCAUGGGUCAUAAUGCGCUAGUGUGAAUGUGGUUACUGGUCACCUGCUUUGAGAAAUUCCAUUGAUAUCCAUCUUUACUGUACUUAACUAUAGCUCAAUGAAAAUGACAGAGGAUCAGCGCUGGUCCAUCUGACAGUAAUAGGUGAAUAGCAUCUAGCGUAGAUACUAUUUUGUAAUCCACAUGUGAUCAUAACAUCUACCAAUAGUGAAGCCACAGAUGGGGGCAACAAAUGAUGCAAUAAAUGGUUUCCAUGUUUACAAAGGAAACUCAAUGAGUCAUGCAUGGAUUAACGAUAGGGCCAGGAGUUUUUCUUAAUAAUGUUAACUGACCAGGGAAAAAAGUGUUUGGACCCUAAUUAUAUACACAGCUACUUGCUAUGGAUUUCCCUGGUCGGGAAAAGUUCUGGCCCAAGUGGAGUUUUAAUGUGUAGUUAUAUACACUGUUACAGUAGAGCCUGUAACCCAACCAUGCUAUCAUCUUGUCUUAUGUGUCUUCAAUAGGGUUUGUACUGCUGGUCUGCAUGUACUGUAGUGUAUGUAAUCAACUUGUUCAUAGUUUUAGGACCUGAAAUGUCAGCGGCUUUGUUACCGUGUUUGUAUGUUCAUUUUCUGCUAUUUCCCCGGUUGUUCCAUGUGCUGCACGAGGACGUCAAGGUUCAACAGCUGUGAUGUAUUCAGAAGUCGCUAUAAUAAGUAAAUAAAUACUGCCUAGAGAAAUAGGAUCACUUCACACACUGAUUCAUUAUGAAUGUGCAGUUCAUGCAUGUUGAUUUUCUCAUGUAAAGCCAUUUACAUUAAUCUUGUUGCCAGAGUGAUUCUUUGACCCAUCACAAUAUUACAAAAGUGUCUGCUAAUAAAAUGAUUUAGGACAUGUGGCAACUUAUGUUCCACAUAGUGUGCUAUUUUUAAUCUAAGCUUUAUGUACCCUAGCGAAUAGGCAGCCAUUUGGGACGCAAGCUAACUAUUUUUUGGCAGAUUUUCCCCAUUGUACUUUUUUAUUCUGAGAUUGUGUCACUUUCACUAUAUCAGAAUCAUCUUUAAUCUUCAGAGUAAGGGCUGGACAGAGAAUUCUCAUGCAUGAAUUAUAACUUGAAGGGAUGUAUUAUAUUUAAAUGAAAGUAUAUAGGAACCAGUACCGUUAGAUAGACACGGCAUAGCAGCUUCAUUGUGUAAAAAAAAUACAUUCAUUAUUUUAUUGUA